AUGGCUUCCACUUUCUACAGUGGUGAGCCGGAAAGCCCUAUUGUCAAGACAGAUAUUCCCGGGCCCAAGGCCCAGGAGCACAUAACCAAGCUCGACACGGUGUUCGACACUCGCAGCUUGAACAUGCUCGCUGACUACACCAAGAGCUUUGGUAACUACAUCGUGGACCCUGACGGAAAUGCUCUCCUCGAUGUGUACGCCCAGAUCGCGUCCAUCCCAAUUGGUUACAACAACCCGGCCCUCGUAAAGGCUGCGCAGAGCCCCGACAUGGUCAAUGCCAUUAUCAACAGACCGGCAUUGGGCAACUUCCCAUCCCACGACUGGGACCAAGUCCUCGAGACCGGUGUCCUUAAGGUUGCCCCCAAGGGUCUGAACCAAGUCUUCACUGCUAUGGCCGGAUCCGAUGCGAACGAGACAGCAUACAAGGCAGCAUUUAUGUGGAGGCGACAGAAGGAGCGAGGUGGCCCUGCUGUUGAGUUCACCAAGGAGGAGUUGGAGUCAUCCAUGAACAACCAGGCGCCCGGUGCUUCUGAGCUCUCCAUUCUGUCUUUUAAGACUGGUUUCCACGGUCGUUUGUUCGGCUCCCUCUCGACCACACGUUCCAAGCCUAUCCACAAGCUUGAUAUUCCUGCCUUUGACUGGCCCCAGGCCACUUUUCCUCAACUCAAGUACCCCUUAGAGGAGCAUGUUGAGGAGAACGCCAAGGCUGAGGCCGACUCACUUGCUGAGGUGGAACACCUCAUCAAAAACUGGCACCUUCCUCCGGCUGCUGUCAUUGUUGAGCCCAUCCAGUCCGAGGGUGGUGACAACCACGCCUCCCCAGCUUUCUUCCGUGGUCUGCGCGAGCUUACCAAGAAGUACGAUGUUCUCCUGAUUGUUGAUGAGGUCCAGACUGGUGUAGGUGCAACUGGCAAGUUCUGGGCUCAUGACCACUGGGACCUCCCCACGCCUCCCGAUAUGGUCACCUUUUCCAAGAAAGCCCAGACCGCUGGUUACUACUUUGGCAAUCCUGAGCUCCGCCCAAACAAGCCCUACCGCCAAUUCAACACCUGGAUGGGUGACCCAGCCCGUGCCCUGCUCUUCCGUGCCAUCAUCGAUGAGGUCGAGCGCCUGAACCUUGUUGAGAAUACCGCCAAGGUUGGUGACUACCUAUAUGGCAAGAUCGAGGCCCUGGCGAAGAAAUACCCCAAUGACUUCCAGAACCUCCGUGGCAAAGGUCAGGGUACUUUCAUCGCUUUUGACAGCCCCAAGCGUGACCAGUUCCUUGCCAAGGCCAAGAAGUUUGGUGUAAACAUUGGUGGUAGCGGUGCUACUGCGGUCCGUCUUCGACCCAUGCUGAUCUUCGAGAAGCAGCAUGCUGAUAUCUUGGUUGAGGCUAUGGAGAAGAUUGUCACUAGCUGGUAA